CAGUUGCGUUCGUCCAUCGUUAUCAGCUGUAGUUCUCGUCAGAUGGUGUCGUGUAUCCUUUAAAAUCAGAUCAAUCGCUGUGCGAAGAAAAAAGAUUUAAGAUGAGCACUGGAAUGCCGGAGUUAGGCUCCAAAAUAAGCCUAAUAUCAAAAGCGGAUAUUCGUUAUGAGGGCCGACUUUUCACCGUUGAUCCGCAAGAAUGUACCAUCGCUUUGGCCAACGUAAGGUCAUUUGGUACUGAAGAUCGAGAUACCCAGAUUCCGGUUGCACCUCAAAAUCAAAUUUAUGAAUACAUUCUUUUCCGUGGAACGGACAUAAAAGAUAUCCGAGUAGUUAGCAAUGUCAGCUCUAUACCCAAUGAUCCAGCAAUCGUUCAGAUGACAGUUCCGUCGACAAUGGGGCAACAAUCAUAUCAACCGCAACCAGGCUAUGGACAUCCAAUGAUGGGUCAAAUGGGUCCGAUGGGAGGACAAUAUGGAACACCUUACGGUAUGCCUAUGGGAUCUAUGGGGCCAGUAAUGGGUAUGCCAACCAGAGAUCUGCGCGCACCAAUGAACAAACAGCCAAGUGAGUUGGGCUUGGGCCCUGCCGAUCCCAACGCCAUCUCUAUACCAAACUCACAACCGGUGGCCAAUGUUGACCCAAUAUCAAAAGACCGUUCUAUGGAAGAUGGCGUGUUAGAUUUAAUAAGCGGAGGAUCUCGUUCAACAACUCCAACUGCUUCUUUGAUGGUGAGGAAAAGUCCAACGGCGGACAAAGAUACUCAGGUUGGUCAUCAGCAACAACAUUCUGGAAAUGUUGGCAAAAUCGGAGAUAAGACCAAUGUUCAACGUAUGCAACAACCUCACCGUGAUCGUGAAAGUCAUGGAAGCGGCAGAGUUGGAAGUGGAAUGUCGCAGUACAGUGAGGGAAAGCGAGAUAAGCAAGAUGGCAUGGGACAUGGACCUUCAGGACAUAUACAAGGACCCAGAGGAAAUCGAGGUGGUUGGAUGAAUAGAGGAAAUAUGCGUGGAAGAGGAAGAGGCCGCGGUAAUUUCCGGAGUAAUCAACCCGGAAAUACUGGCGCGAAGCCUAAGAAUACAUUGAAGUUUGAUAACGAUUAUGAUUUCGAACAAGCGAAUACUGAAUUUGAAGAACUAAGAUCGCAAUUAGCGAAGACCAAGAUCGACGGUGCAACUACGGAUAACGAGAAGAAAGAUGACAGCGGAAAUGAAACUGGAGCAGGAGAAGGAGAACCUGAGGAGGAGUCUGAUAUUGUACAUUACGAUAAGUCGAAGUCAUUUUUCGAUAAUAUCAGUUGCGAAGCUGUCGAGAGAAGUAAAGGACGCUCACAACGCACGGAUUGGCGAACGGAGCGUAAAUUGAAUUCGGAAACGUUUGGCGUUUCAUCGAUGCGUCGUGGACAUUUCCGUGGACGUGGUUAUUACAACAAUCGUGGUAUGGGAGGUGGAAUGUAUCGCGGUGGUGGCGCACCCGGUGGUGGUGGACCAGGUUCCGGCUAUCGUGGUGGAUUCCGGGGUAAUCGUGGAUCAAAUCGCAAACCUGGAAAUCAAUUACAUAACAGUAAUUCGGCAAAUCAGAAUCGUGCAACCAACGAACAAUCCAGUGCAACUCAACCACAACAAAAUAAUCGACUCGUCACUGGUACUGCGUAAAAGUCAGCGUCCCGAUAAAACAACGUGAUGCUAACAAAUAAGUAUUCUCUUAGCCAGUAAGAUUUUUACGAUACGCGCUUUGUCGAGAACUGAUAUUUGUAUCGAAAUUGGAUGUCGACGGCGAAAUGUAGUAUAACGGAUUGAUUAAUCUAGAUUAAUUGUGUUAAUAAGAAAAAAAAAGAAGCGCUCUCCCGCUAAAUUCUAGAUUAUUUAAAAAAAGAAAAGAAAGAAAGAAAGAAAGCAAUGCGAUUGAAUCGCGAUAAAACGUGCACGGGACUCUACUGGCGCACAGGACUCAAAUUUUUAGUGCGCGGCGCGCAUUUAAUUGUCAUCAACGACACUGCAAAAAAAAUAAUUAAUUAACUCGUGGACAAAAAAAAUAGUUUUUUCCCAAAAAAAGAAAAAGAACGAAGCAAAUUAUUAAUUAAAUCGAAUAAUACAAUCUGUGAUUCUCAAUGCCAAGUUUCAUUUUUUUUUUCUUUUUUGCAAGUGUCGCGGAUGACAAAAAUUCAUUUUCGUAUUCGAAAAUCUGAAGCUAAAAUUGAACCGAAAAGAGAGUUCGUAAUUAAAAGGCUUAAUUAUUUAAGAAAAAAAAUAAAAAGGGGGAAGUUGUCCUUGUUUUUGAAUGUUUUUUUAUACCACGCUCGGGUCAAGUGGUAUUUCUAAUUGGUAUAUAAGAGUCCUGCGCGUAAAAUGAAAGAAACUAAAAAUAAAAAUAAAAGUAGAUUAAAGUUGUUACUGUAAGUAGCCAAUUUUCUCAUUCGCGUUAUCAAUUGCGCGAACGAGAAAAUAAUUCGAGUGCUUAUAAAAUAUAUAUAGAUAUAAAGUGUAAGAACGUGCCUCAAAAUAUCAAGAGGAACGUUUAUUAUUGCCUAAACGUAGUUCUGUCUGGCAAAAAAAAAAGAAAAAAAGAAAUUGAUAACGUAUCAUUACAAAUUUUCAUACAGAGUUCGUUAUAGAGUGAAUAGAUUGUGCCUGAUACUGCCUCUAAACUCUUAAAAAUUGAAGAACGAACUAGAAGCACUUGAUUUCGAGCGAAGUACGAAUCCGCCCCAAAAAAAGAUUCGUAUUGAUUGGCGAAGUCAUGCCAAUUUUUUUUUUUUUGGACAGGUCACUGUGGCCUUUUUGACUUGAUUAAAAAAAAAAUUGGUCCUUAAGCGGGGGAAAAAAAUUAAAUGGGAAUGUGCAUCCUGUCGCCAGUAGACUAGGACAAUACGUUUAAAAUCUUAAAUUCUAAAUUUUAUUUAUUGAUAUUAUAAUUAAAGUUUAGAAUUUAAAGAAUACCAGCGUUAACAGUUUAGGAGGAAAUUAAUUAUAUUUUACUUUUAUACAUUUACUAGAGAAGAUUUUUUGAUUUUUGAACGGGACGUAUCGAGCCGUUCCUAAUACGCCGCUUUUCACUAUAAUAUCGAUUACCAUGAGGAAAAGAGCUCUCUGAAUCUCACACAAAAGAGGGAAGACAAAAAAAAAUCUAAAUGCAAAACGAAAAAAAUAAAUAAGAAGGAACUUGUUUUAUAAAUUUAUCGAAUAAUACCCAGACGCAUUAAAUGUGACUCGUGUAAUUUUUUUGACUUUAAAAUAAAUUUUUUCCCUCUUUUAUGCUCGAAUAAAAUAAUAAAAAGACACCCGCGUAUUUAAAAUAGCUCUCUUUCUCUCAUGGCACUCGACUUUAAAAAAAAAAAUGAUGAAAAGGAUUUAAAAUGAGAAAUAAAAGUGAAUAAUGCAUGAUUAUAUUCCGCGUAAUGAGCAGAAAUAAAAAAAAAAAGAUAAAGGCGUAAUAUUCGCCAAUCAUUCACGACUGUUAUUUUUGUAUGGCUCUUGUCAAGAGUCGCACCAAUAAACAUACAAUACAUAUUUAGAUAUUUAGUUGAAAUAAUAAAUAUAGGAGCGAAAUCCUUCCUAGGCUACGUGCGUAAUAAAGAAAAAAAAAAAGAAAUAAAUAAUAAAACGAAAUAAGAAAACAAUUAUAAAAAGUGAACACAAAAAAAGAUGGUGAAAGAAAUAGCGCAUAUUUUAUGUUUGAUUACACAUGCACUUAUAAAAUAAAUUUAAAAGGAGAAAAAUGAAAACGAGAGAUAAAAAGGAAAAAUUAAAUGAAUGCAAUGAGCGCGAUUUCUGACAGUGUAUGUUUUUGAUUUUGUACAGCGAAUAUUGUGAUUCCCAAUCGAAUAAUAUAUGAAAAAUAUCAAGAAA